CUUUUUGAUAAACAUGGAGGCUAGCUAAAGAUGGUGUUAAGCCAGUCUUGGAGUGAUAUUGGCAAUCCUACUCUUUAUUCCAUAGGAGCUGGUGAAUCAGGGAAAAGUACAAUUGUCAAACAAAUGAAGAUUAUCCAUGAAGCUGGUUAUUCAGAAGAGGAAUGUAAGCAGUACAAAGCUGUUGUCUACAGUAACACCAUUCAGUCCAUUAUUGCUAUCAUUAGAGCAAUGGGGAGGCUGAAGAUAGACUUUGGUGAUCCAGCCAGGGCUGAUGAUGCUCGUCAACUAUUUGUGUUAGCUGGAGCAGCCGAAGAAGGAUUUAUGACUGCAGAGCUUGCUGGCGUUAUCAAAAGACUGUGGAAAGACUGUGGAGUUCAAGCUUGUUUCAACAGAUCUAGAGAAUACCAGCUUAAUGACUCUGCUGCCUAUUACUUGAAUGACUUGGACAGGAUAGCACAAACCAGCUACAUUCCAACUCAACAGGAUGUUCUCAGGACUAGAGUGAAAACCACAGGAAUAGUGGAAACUCACUUUACUUUCAAAGAUCUUCAUUUUAAAAUGUUUGAUGUCGGAGGACAAAGAUCAGAGCGGAAGAAGUGGAUUCACUGUUUUGAGGGUGUUACAGCAAUUAUUUUUUGUGUGGCAUUAAGUGAUUAUGACUUGGUCUUGGCUGAAGAUGAGGAAAUGAAUCGGAUGCACGAGAGCAUGAAAUUGUUUGACAGUAUCUGCAACAAUAAAUGGUUCACAGACACUUCUAUUAUUCUCUUCCUAAACAAGAAAGAUCUCUUUGAAGAAAAAAUCAAAAGGAGUCCUCUCACUAUUUGCUACCCUGAAUAUGCAGGAUCAAACACUUACGAAGAAGCAGCUGCUUACAUUCAAUGCCAAUUUGAAGAUCUGAACAAGAGGAAAGACACAAAGGAAAUCUACACUCAUUUCACAUGUGCCACAGAUACAAAGAAUGUGCAAUUUGUUUUUGAUGCUGUAACUGAUGUCAUUAUAAAAAAUAACCUUAAAGACUGUGGCCUCUUCUAAGAACAAACAGAAUUUUGUUAAAUGGUGAACUAAUGUCUAAAAACCAGGGCUUUGGCAUUUGGAAUUUGUCUAUGUGUAGUGUAAAACUUGCAUAGAUAUACUUAAUUCUCUUUAUUUUAUUUUUAGGUUUGAAGAAUACCUUCACACAGUUCUAAUCUGAUUGGUUUCAAGAUGAAAGAAAUACAAAAUGUGUUGUGUUGGAUGAUAGACCAGUACUGUACUUGUUUUAACAGCUUUAUUUAUGUUUGUCUUGUAAAUUUGAGUAAUCGGUAACUCUGAGAUGUCUUUUGACUGUAUGUAUUCUUAUAAUUGUAGUAAUGUAUUUGUAUAAACGUUGAACAGAAUAUUUUAGUAACUUGAUGUCCUCUAAAAUUUCCAUGUUUUAUUAAGAUGCUCUUCGAGGGGACAGACACUUUUUGUCUUUGGAUUAUUUAAACAUCUUGUAAAAUUAAAUUUUCUUUUCAUUGUAAGGGUGCAUGCUGCCUUAUUCUUUACUUUUGUUGGUAAUAUUGUAUAUGGUGUUAGCUUUUUUGAUAUUUGAACAGCUCCCUACACCUGCUCCGAAUCAAAGAAACAUAAUCAAUAAAACUUGUUUUUUUGCCUUAAGUUUUGAAAAAACUCUUUUUAUAAAUUUAAGAUAAAUACAAAGAUUACUUUUAAAAUGCAGUUAAAAUAUGCAGCUUGUGAAACCUGGGCUUGCAAUCUUUGCAGUGCAAAUGUGGCAACACUGAAAAAUAGAAUUUAAGGUUCACUGAUCGUCGAGGUUAACGGAAAUACAAAAGUUGUUAAAACACACCCAUACUUAUACAGUAAUAAUAAAGUCUGAAAGUGUUCUUUACUCACUGCAGUGAAUUGAAGUUACCUUUGCUUUUUUUACGGACCCUUAAUGAAGGCUGGACUUCAGAGCAAAAUGAGGUUUUUCUGUUUGCUUGAGAAGUAAAAUCAGGUUCUCCUUAAACUCUUUGCUAUUUUCUGGUAAUAAAACUAGUUUGAUAGUUUAAUAAUAGAAAUAUUAGGAAUUCCCACAAGACAUGGCACAGUAGUCUCACCAAAAAAGUAAUUUCCUGUUGCUUGUUUU